AUGAAUGUCCUUCUAAAAGACACCGAAAAGGGCAUCAAGGCUCAACUCCGUCCAGUCGCCGAGGCAAGCAAAAUCAAGUUCGAAACCAAUGAGUUGCCGUCCGACGACGAUGUACAAACCCGAAACGACCAAGAGGCCAAGGAAUACUUUUUCAACGGAGGAAUGGACGCACUCGAAGAAUGCAUCGUUCGGCAUGGGUUGCGCGACUCGGGUUGCUUUGUCAAGUUGACCACUCGCUCACCCAAAGACGUCGUGGUGGCCAAGGAGAUUGCCAAGCAGGCGUUUCGAGCCCGUCGAGAGCACGGCGAGUUUGGGCACUUGGCAUUUGAGGAUAUUCCCGAUCACUCGAGCCGAUGGGCAGCCUUUGGUGAGGAAAUGAGACAAGCCUUGAAGGUCCGGAGUGACAACCACGCCGGCAACUGGAAAUUGGGCCUGGUGGUGCGUCGAUGGGAUGACCGCUGUCAACCGCACCGCGAGUUCCGGGCAUUUGCGUGGAAUGGGAAGCUGACGUGCGUCGGACAAUACUUUAGUCUUUUGCGCUUUGAAUCCCUCCAGGGUGCGCCAUGUGUUGGAGAAAGUAGAACGCGAUGCACGAGCCAUCUUUCGCCAAGUCAAGGAUCUCGUUCCUUUGCCCGGCAAAAAAUGGAUCUGGUAAUUUGCGACAAGCCGUACUUGGUGGACAUCAAUCCCUUUGAUGGAGUUGGUCUCGGCACCAUGAAAGCCUCCACGGGGCUGUUUGAUUGGGAUCGCGACCGUGAUAUCAUGACAGGACGGCAACCGUUCCAAAUCCGUGUGCAACGCCUAUAUACCCCUUACAGCGGAUGA